AUGUCUACCCCAGCGUCGAUCCCAAGGAUAGUGCCUACUCGCCAGGCCGGUGGUGGUGCACCCUCCUCCGCAGCUUACACGCACGAAGUCACUUCCUUCACACCUGCUGUCGUCGAACAUCUGGAGAAGGCAUUUAAGAGACUCUGCAACAGUAGCCACAGCGGGAAUCAUGGCCUGGACCAGGGCGCCGUCUCACAUCUCCUUCAAACAAUCCAACAGGAAAACGCACCAGAUGCUGGAAAAUACUUUCCACAUGCCGUCAACGGCCUUGACAACUUCCUGGCAUACAUGUCCAGCGCCCUUGCGAGUGCGAUGGGGCCGCCCAAAAAGCACGAUCUGAGCCAUCCGAUAUCGAGCUACUAUAUUAGCUCAAGCCACAACACAUAUCUGACGGGGAAUCAGCUCUAUAGCGAAGCAAGUACAGAUUCAUACAGGAAUGUGUUAUUACGAGGUUGUCGCUGUCUGGAGAUUGAUGUUUGGGAUGGGGAGUCGAGAUCAGCAAGCAGUGCCAGUAGUUCCGAUGGUGAAAGGGAGGAUAGCCAGAGGCUGAGUCCAGCUAGGAAACCAGGAUUGGGUAAGAAAGUGUCAGGCCACUUUAAUACCAUCAAGCAGCGAGCAAGGUCGAGGUCGAAUUCCUGGCGGGGAAGGUCUUCCUCAAGUCCGCAGAGAGCCAAUGCUGCUACCCCAGCUGAAAUGCCUACACCGUGGAAGAUGGCCGAAGACAAAGCCGAACCAAGAGUUCUUCACGGCUACACACUCACGAAAGAGGUCUCAUUUCGUGCUGUCUGCAAUGCUAUUCGAGAAACUGCGUUCGUUGCAACCGACCUUCCUCUCAUAGUAAGCCUCGAAGUCCACGCCUGCCUAGAGCAACAGGAGAUCAUGAUUGAUAUCAUGAAAGAAGCGUGGGAAGGGAUGUUAGUAGACAUUUCGAAAGCAUCGGAGGAGGAAAUCGAACGCCUGCCGAGUCCAGAUGAGUUACGCAAUAAGAUCCUGAUCAAGGUCAAGUGGGCGCCACCUGCAGCAGGGCAGGAAUCUAACAAUCCCAAUGACCAGGUAGCUUCUUCAGGCGACGACGAGAACGGUACAGAUGGUGAAAAGCAGAAGAAGAAAAGCUCAAAGAUCCUGCAGGCGUUGAGCCAGCUAGGAGUCUACACACGCGGUUUUACUUUCAAGCAGUUCGAUCAGCCAGAAGCAUCGAUACCAACUCAUGUCUUCUCCCUAUCAGAAGCUAAAGUUGUAGACAUGCACGAAAGUGAUGGUCAUGCAUUAUUCUCCCACAAUCGAGAUUACCUGAUGCGGGCGUAUCCAUCUGGCAUGCGGGUCAACUCUUCGAAUCUCGAACCGCUUUUUCUCUGGCGUCAGGGUGUGCAGAUGGCGGCUCUGAAUUGGCAAAAAUGGGACAAGGGUAUGAUGCUAAAUGAAGGUAUGUUUGCGGGACAAGAGGGUUGGGUAUUGAAACCAGAAGGCUAUCGAGGCACAAUCAAAGACUCUGAUGGCGGGAAACCCGUUCCAAAACGCACCUUGAGCUUAACAAUCGAGCUGUGUGCUGGUCAGAAUCUGCCAUUGCCCUUUGAUGAAAAGGUGGCCAAGAAAUUUCACCCAUAUGUGAAGUGCGAUAUGCUGUACGGAAGUGAAAAAUUUAAGCCGGGUGACUCCACAAGGAAUAACGAGAAACUAAAGUGGGUCUCGAAGACUAGCAAAGGAGUCAAUCCGGAUUUCUGCGGCGAGGUGCACCAAUUCUCGAAUGUGGCGAAUGUGGUUGAAGAAUUGAGUUUCAUUAGAAUCAAGGUCAAGGACGACAAUUUCGGCAAGGACACUCUGGCAGCCUGGGCCUGCAUCAGACUCGAUAGGUUGAAAAUCGGUUACCGCUUUGUUCAUCUGCUAGAUGAGAAAGGAAUGGAAUCAUCCGGUGUCUUGCUUGUCAGGAUCAUUAAGGUUUUUUCCUAA